AUGGGGGACGCCUUCAUCCGGCACAUCGAACUGCUGGGCUACGAGAAAAGGUUUUUCCCCAGCCAGCACUAUGUCUACAUGUUCCUGGUGAAGUGGAAUGACCUCUCCGAAAAGGUUGUCUACCGCCGCUUUACUGAGAUAUAUGAGUUCCACAAAGCGCUGAAGGAGAUGUUCCCCAUUGAAUCCGGGGACAUCAACAUAGAGAACCGGAUCAUCCCGCACUUGCCAGCCCCAAAGUGGUUUGAUGGGCAGCGCUCAACUGAGAACAGGCAGGGCACACUGGCUGAGUACUGCUACACUCUGGUGAACCUGCCCCACAAGAUCUCCCGGUGCCUGCAUGUGGUCAACUUCUUCAAAGUCCGUCACGAUGACAUGAACCCCGUCACAGACAGCCAGAUCAAGAAGCCUGAGGUCUUCCUCCUGCCAAAGGAUUCCAAGAAAAACCCCACUGACAUCACGGGCCCCAUUGUCCUGCAAACGUACCGAGCCAUCGCUGACUAUGAGAAGAGCUCCACAUCUGAGAUGGCUCUCAAGGCUGGGGACCUGGUGGAUGUUGUGGAGAAGAGUGAGAAUGGCUGGUGGUUUUGUCAACUGAAGAAUAAACGAGGCUGGGUACCUGCUGCCUAUCUGGAGCCACUGGAUGGUCCUGAUGAAUCUGAAGAGCAGGAGCCUAAUUAUGCAGGUGAAGCAUACGUGGUCCAGAAAAGCUACACGGCUGUGGAAGAGGAUGAGCUGACCCUCAAGGAGGGUGAUACCAUUGAAGUCAUCCACAAGCUCCUUGAUGGCUGGUGGGUCAUCAGGAAGGAUGAAACCACAGGUUAUUACCCCUCCAUGUACCUGCAGAAAGCUGGGGAAGUGAACACCUCUGUGAAGAGUGAGCUGAGGAACCGGGGUGCUCCUCCACGGAGAUCCACCAUCCGAAAUGUGAAGAGCAUCCACAAGCAGGGCCGGAAGCAAAUCAGCCAGGAGACCUACAGGAGGAACAGCAAGAAGUACAUCCAGAACCAGCGGAAAACGCGGGGAAAUUCCCAGAACCAGGCCAAUGUCAUCAUUGAGAAAAAUGAGCCAGAGGACAACAAGCCCAAGGCUCAACCUGCUGUUCCUCCCCGUCCCAGCAAGGACCUCAUCCUGAACCGCUGCACUGAGAGCACAUGGAGGAAGAUCCUGUGAGGACCCUGUGAGCCCCCACACCAGCCACUCAAGCUUCAUCUCCUCCAGCUCCUGUGCUCCAGCUCCUAGUGCUCGGAGCUGGAGCAGGGAUCCAGGUGGUUCUGGCAGCCACAACAGGCCAUGUCAGCCCAGCCCAGUGCCCAUCCUCAUCCUCCAUCACAGCCAGCCAUGGUGUCCUUGAUAGCACUUUGAGGAGGGACCAGCCCUGCUCU